AGUUAAGAGGGAAGAGAAAUAGAAAAAAGAAGUGGAAAGAGUGGGGAUUCUAGAAAGAGAAAGAAAAAAAAAAAAAAAAAAAGGGCCAAAAAUCAGGUAUUUAAAGGCACCGUAAGGGCACUUGUACCUCUGCAAUGAUGAUCUACUCACAACCUAAGAGAAAGACGAGAGAGGAGAAGAAAGAAAGAAAGAAACUGAACGCCCUCCCAAAAUAACCACAAACCCCACUCAAACCAACCCACCCCCCAUCUUCCACGUUUUAUCUUUCUUUAUUUUAUUAUAAUAUUUUAUGAAUUCUGUGAUCAUAUAUGAACUGGGUCUCUUACUCUUCUAGUUUUUCUCAAAUUUCGAAGCCUACUAUGCUCUUUAGCUUUUAUUGCUUAUAACACACGCUAUUCAGGCUAUUUCACGGCCUUGAAAUUGGGAAAAAAAAAAAAAAAAAACUUUUCUCUCUAUCGGAUUAGCUUACCCCUGUUUUACCCUCCAGCUUUUCCUAAUCAUAUAUCCUCUAUAAAUAUCACCCCCAUCAGUUUGCAACUCCACAAUCGCAGUAUUGGGUUGUGUUUUACACUUUGGUCGGUUCUUAGUAGUUCUUGGUUUUGAGAUUUGCUACUAGUAGUAGUAGUAGUACUAGAGAACAUGGUGGGCGAGAAAUAUGCAAAUAGAAUAAUAGUGGUAAGAGAGUUCGACCCAAAAAAAGAUGCUUUGGGCGUAGAAGAUGUAGAAAGGAGGUGCGAAGUUGGACCCAGUGGGAAGCUUUCCCUGUUUAUCGACCUCAUGGGUGACCCGAUUUGCAGGGUCCGUAACUCACCUGCCUAUCUUAUGCUGGUGGCUGAGAUGGGAGAAGAGAAAGAGAUAGUUGGGAUCAUUAGAGGUUGCAUCAAAACCGUUACAUGCGGCAAGAAAGUCUCCAGAAAUGGAAAAAACAGCAACGAAAUUCCUUCAAAACCCAUCCCUGUAUACACUAAACUCGCUUACAUAUUAGGCCUCCGUGUCUCUCCUUCGCAUAGGAGGAUGGGAAUAGGGCUAAAGCUGGUGGAUAGAUUGGAGGAGUGGUUUAGGGAAAAUGGAGCUGAAUAUUCAUACAUAGCAACCGAAAACGACAACCAAGCUUCCGUUAAGCUCUUCACCGACAAAUGCGCCUAUUCAAAGUUCCGUACGCCAUCAAUCCUUGUCAACCCUGUGUACGCCCACCGGGUUAGGGUCCCGUCCCGGGUCACCAUCAUCCAACUCGACUCGUCCGACGCCGAGUUGCUCUACAGGAAACGGUUCUCCACCACCGAGUUCUUCCCCCGCGACAUUGACUCGGUCCUCAACAACAAGCUCAGCCUCGGCACUUUCCUAGCCGUGCCACGUGGCACCUACUCGGCCGAAUCGUGGGCUGGGUCGUCCGCUUUCCUGGCCAACCCGCCCGAGUCCUGGACGGUGCUCAGCGUCUGGAACUGCAAAGACGUUUUCACGCUCGAGGUGCGAGGCGCGUCGUUGGUGAAGCGCGCGUUGGCGAAAACGACCCGGAUCCUCGACCGGGCAUUGCCCUGGUUGGGGUUGCCUUCUGUGCCGGAGGUAUUCAGGCCGUUCGGGCUUCACUUUUUAUACGGUCUGGGAGGGGAAGGGCCACACGAGGUGAAGAUGAUGAAGGCGCUGUGUGCGUACGCGCACAAUUUGGCGAAAGAUCGUGGGUGCGGGGUGGUGGCGACUGAGGUGUCAAGUCGCGAACCGCUUAGGUUAGGAAUUCCACACUGGAAGAGGCUAUCGUGCACCGAGGAUUUAUGGUGCAUUAAGAGGCUCGUGGACUACAGUGACGGCUCCGUCGGUGACUGGACCAAGUCACCACCUGGCUUGUCCAUUUUCGUCGAUCCCAGAGAGUUCUAAAUUUCGUAUAGAAUCCAAACUGGUCCUGACGAGGAAAAAAAAAAAAAAAAUCCACUCCUUUUUUAUUUUAUUUAACUUUUUUGGUAUGUUGUAGCUUUUUUAUUUUUUUUUAUUUUUAUUUUUUUUCUUUUUAUUCUUGCAGAGCAGAGUAAAAGAUUUUGUGGGUGAGAAAAAGAUAAUGCCUUUUUGUUGUAAAA